AUGAGGGUGAACAUAGAAGAAAACAACAAUGCCCCCAAGAGUCCUCACCAUAAGAAGGAUGGAGGAGAAGAAAUCCCUUUCGAUAAGCGCCGGAAAAUCGGCGGAGGAUCGAGGUUGACGGGCCCCACUGCUUCGAGUAGGGGGAGACGAGUGCUUUCCACUGUCAAUUCUAACAAUCAAGAUAGUGCUAGUGAUGUGGCAUCUGUUGCCGAGGCGUCGGAGAGUGUCGAAUUUACCAGGGAAGAAGUUGAGGCGUUAUUGAAUGAGAAGAUUAAGGGGAAGAAGUUUGAUCUUAAGGGCAAAUUAGAGCAAAUUUCGGAGUCCAACAAAAAGUUAAGGCUUUGUUUGAAAUGGUUUCAAGGAGUUGAACAGAAUCUCAAUCAGGAGCAGGAAAAGCUGCGUGAUUCAUUAAAUUCUUCAGAGAAGAAAUGCACGGAAAUUGAGAUUGGUAGCAAGAACAGGGAGGAUGAACUUAAUGCGAUCAUUGGAGAAUUGAGACAAAAACAGGCAGCUUUGCAGGAUAGAGUUGCAACAGAAGAGUCUGAAAAAUUGGAUGCAAUUGAGUGUCAUACUAAAGAAAAGGAAGUGAGAGUUUCUGCAGAAGCUUUGAACGCUUCACUUUCACAGGAGCUUGAGAAAACCCGUCAAGAAAAGUUGACUGCUGACCAAAAGGUAGUAUCAGUCAAUGAUAUGUACAAGCGCUUGCAAGAGUACAAUACAAGCUUACAGCAGUAUAAUAGCAGGCUGCAAACGGAUCUUGCAACAGCGAACACAACACUUCAAAGGGUGGAGAAGGAGAAAUCCACAAUUGUAGAGAAUUUGGGCACCUUAAGGGGCCACUACGCUUCCUUGCAAGAACAAUUAACAGCUUCAAGGGCUUCCCAAGAUGAGGUUGCAAAGCAAAAAGAGACAUUGAUGAAGGAAGUGAAUUGUCUACGAGGUGAAUUACAACAAGUAAGAGAAGAUCGUGACAGGCUGCAUUCACAAGUGCAACUCCUAACUAUUGAAAUAGAAAAAUAUAAGGAGAGUACUGGGAAGUCUGUAGCAGAGUUGGACAACUUGAUGAUCAAGUCAAAUGCUUUGGAGGAAACCUGCGCUUCGCAAAGGGAGCAAUUGCAUAGACUGCAGCAUCAGCUUGCUUCUGCAAAUGAAAAACUGAAGAUGGCUGAUCUUUCUGUGUCAGAAACAAGAACAGAGUAUGAAGAUCAAAAGCAAGUCAUACGUCAACUGCGAGAUCGUCUAGCAGAUGCAGAGCAACAGAUUAAUGAAAAGGAGAUGUUGAGGAGAAAGCUCCACAACACUAUUUUGGAAUUAAAAGGAAACAUUCGUGUCUUCUGCAGAGUGAGGCCCUUGUUGCCAGAGGAUGGAUGUGGUUCGGAUUUACCAGUUAUCUCUUAUCCUACCUCAAGUGAAGGACAUGAACAGGGCAUUGACCUGUUACAAAGUGGGCAAAAAUAUGCUUUCACAUUUGAUAAAGUAUUUACUCACGAGGCCUCUCAGAAUGAUGUGUUCUCUGAAAUAUCAGAGUUGGUGCAGAGUGCUCUGGAUGGAUAUAGGGUUUGUAUAUUUGCUUAUGGGCAAACAGGUUCGGGGAAAACAACACUGAUGGGAAGGCCUCAGUUUAUGGAUCAGAAAGGCCUUACUCGAUCUUUAGAGCAGAUAUUUGAGACUAGCCAGAGACUCUCAGCUCAAGGCUGGAAAUAUAAAAUGCAGGCAUCAGUUCUGGAAAUUUACAAUGAAUCAAUUAGGGACUUACUGGCGACUAAUCGAACAAGUUGGGAUGCUGCACGUACAGAAAAUGGUGUUCCAUUAAAGCAAAUAUGCUAUUAAGCAUGAUGCUAAUGGGAACACUUACGUCUCUGAU